CCACCAGAAAAAUCCGGAGAAAACAUUUGCUGUGAUAAAUUUACGUACUAAAUGGCUUUAAAACUAGUUAAGGACGCGCCAACGGUAUGGAAUUAUUUGAAUGGUCUGGUCAAUCUGUACAAACCUGCCGGAGUAACAGUGCAACAAGUACGAAAUGCGAUUAUACACAACCUUUGCCGGGAUAUCAACCAACUCGAGGUUAGACCUUCUCUACAGCGUGUAGUAAUCGACAACACAGUAGAUUCAAAGCUGAUUGUGAGAAAAGUUGAGGAUUUGUCGGACAACGUGCUAGUGACAGGACCACGCUACCAACCGGAUGCUAUCAAAUGUCGAUUUUCUGCCAAUCAUGGUCGUUUCACGAGUGGUGUUAUAGUACUGGGUAUCAACAAUGGAACAAAUCUUGCCUUUCGACUGCAACAGAAUCGCCCACUGCGAGUGUACCGAGUAACCGGUUUCCUUGGAAAAGCAACGGAAACACAUUUCGCCGAGUCUCGUGUAACUGUCCGUGCUACCAUCGAUCACAUUGGGUCAGAAAAGAUCGGUCGACUGCUUGCAUCGAUACAAGCGUCUCAUCAACGUAAAAUGUUCGAACUAAGCGGAAUUGACAUACAGUCACAGGCGGCGUACGAACUGGCAUGUCGAGGAACGAUACGUCCCACAGACAAUCGUCAACCGAUGAUCUACGGAAUACGACUGGCAGAAUAUCGGAAACCGUUCUUCACCAUUGAAAUCCAUGCCAUCAACGAAACGGAAGCUUACCUUGGUGAACUGAUUCAUGAGAUUGGGAUAAAUCUGAAGUCUUGUGCACACUGCACCAGCGUUCGGUGCAUUCGACACGGUCACUUUCUGUUGGAAGACUCGUUGCUUAAAAAGGACUGGAACCUGCAAAACAUCCUAAGCGGUAUGGCACACACGAACAGGCUCAUUAAUCAGCAUCCAGACAUGUUGCAGCAAAACAGUUCAUCCUUGCAUGGAAUGGAAGUGCCAGAUCAAUAAAUAGUUGAGAACAAAGUCUCGAGCUGUAGUAGGCGUUGAACACCCACACACCGAACGAUCACACGGUCAAGUAGAAAGUUGUUACCAUUCAAGGAACGUGUAGUACAACCCAUGUUACAUGAUUUAUUUAUGGCCAUUGUUGUCUCGUACAGAGGUCCGGGGUUGCCCCGUAUUGUCACGUGCAAUAAAUGAAAGAUUUCAUGUGACCCUGUUGUAGCGCACACGCAAGGUUUGCAUUAAGUUACGAAUUCAACACUGCACGCAUUUGUUACAAGGUUUGUGUUUUUAUUGUCUGCAGAAUUCACAAUUCUUGGAGACUAAAAAUAAUCUUUUCGUUGAGAAAGAGAGCUAACAUGAACAAAACAUCAGCUCGUAAAUUUCCGCCACGGCUGGCGACC